AUUCAUGAUCACAAGCUGUAAGUCACAGGAGGUCAUAAACCCCAGGAGAGAGCGGAAACUUCAUAAGACGAGGCGUUUUCUGCCACAGGAUGUUUUCUCUCGAGAGGGCGCAUGAGCUUCAGUCACUGCAGCUCUGUGGGUGAGCUUCGUUCGGGGAGUAAAGUGAGGAUAUGAUGUAUUAACAUGACAAGAACACGUGCGUGGAAGCGGGGUUGACUGUAUGAGGGCGACAGAUCAGAUUCCUCUGCAAGCACACGGCUUCAUGCAGCUCGUGGCAGGAGCUUAGAGUUGGUCGGUGAUGAGGGGAGAUCCUUCUGCUAGAAGCAAGUCGUCGCUGUCCGCGCAGAAGUCGGGACCAUGAUGGGAGUUUACUGGUUGUUAAUAAUCCUGCUGAGCUGCACGUCACCUAGCAGAUGCAGCGAACAACAGUGGGACGUGCGAUGCACAACAACAAAAAAGCCCGAAGAUGUGUUUGUGCCUUGCCCAAACAUGACUGCCGGACACGCCAAAGCCAAAGACAAAGACACUGAGGUGACAUAUAAGCUCUUCAAGAACCAAAAGGUGAUUCAAGUGUACCCCAAUACUCAAAAACCGUGCAACCGAACCGAUCUAGACAUCUACCCAGAACAAGACAAGAACGGGACACUUACUGGUUUCAGACUUACGAGAAAAGCAAACACAAAGCAAGCGAUCUACAUGUGUGAGGGUACAGUUACUUACCCUCCUCCUGUCAUCAGCAGCAACAGUACAGUCCUGAUCCUUGAGGAAGGACAAGGAUGCCCGCGCAAAACAGAAGAAUGUAAAACAAACAAACCAGAAGAGCAGAAAGCAGGCACACCUGUAUGGAUCUGGAUAGUGGCUGUUGCACUUCUUAGCACCUACAGCCUAGCAGCUACUUUUACUGCCUUGAUUAUCUGGUAUAAGAUGAAGGACGCAGAUUCCCAGAGCGACUACAUAAACACCAAACCCAGACCUCCUGCGAAACGCAGGAAGAAAAGAGGACUCCAGCAUCCUAUACCAAAACACUUCUGAUGAUUCGGACAUCGCUGGAUCAUUGUCCUUCCCACUCCUUAACGCACUUAUUAUCUAUAGGACUUACGAUGAAUAUAACAUAACUGUAAUCAGUUUCUUUUGUUUAAUUUUUUUUUGUGUAUUCAUCUCUAGCAAAAGCAGCACUUCCUUUAUGUGGGCGUCUGAAACAAUGAUGCGUAUAUUAAAGACAGUGUCAGGUUUUGCUCACUUCCUGUUUCGCUCACUGUAAAAGAAAGAUGCGUCCUUGGGAACCCCUAUCUUUGUGGUCGAAACAGAAGGUGGUGCCUCAAUGAGGGGACUUAACCACAUUUAAAGAGUUCUCUUGAGUUUGUAAAUCAGUGCAACACCUUGUGGAUCAACAUUGACCACAACUUAAAUAAAUACAGUUUAAAAAGCUGCAACACCUCUCCUGCAAACAUGUGCUCUCAUUCAUUUUCUGAGAAUCAACACAGAGACCGAACUGAGGUUGAUGACUAGCAUAAACACAAGGAGCUGCAA